AGUUUUUAUUUUCUUUAUUUAAUCUCUGCGAUAUCCUAAAUUAACACAGUCAGCCUUUUUACUUUAUCAUUUUUUAACAUCAGGUUCCAAAAGGGCACAAAUCAUGGCACCUAAACAGCCAAGUAGCUUUUCUUUUUGCGGUAUUACUAUUGAAAAAUACAAGAAAUAAACAGAGAAAAGAAAAAGGGUUAAGUUAAAUCUAGGUCAUUAUUUGAAAUCUUACAUUACAAAAUAAAAAAUAGAAAAAUGCAAAUACUGAACAAAGAAAGACUCUGAUGGAUCUCGUUUACUUUUAUCCCCCGACUCUGCUGAGCUAACAACUAAUCUAAACCAUUCGUAUUUGGUUUUUAUGCCAUUCCAAUCGAACGGUGCUAACACCAAAAUCCUACACGUAUCAGUUCAGCGACAUAAUUGAAAAGUGAUUUAAAAUUUAAUUCCUUCAAAAUCAGCAUAUUCCCGCGAAUUCAGAGCUCUUCUUCCACUAACAAAUGCAGAAAAGACUAAUAUGUGAUCGCAUGCUAUUGAAGAGACUACAUUCCUGUUUAAAUCAAAGCUUAUGUUUCUCUUCGGGAAGAUCCCUAACCCUAAUAGGCGCCCAAGCAGACAAUCCUCUGUACGCAGACAUACCCAAGCCCCGUAGAGACACGUCAGAGAGAAAACCCUAUCCGACGCCAAUCAAAGUAUUGAUUCAAAGAGCGAAGCAAGAAAGAGAAGCUAGAAAGGUCCAGCCUUGUAGAGUUCUUGAACAUCCUCCUGAUAAUGGAUUAUUGGUCCCUGAACUCGUUGAGGUCGCUCACCGAGUUUAUCGAGCUCGACAAUCCCUCCUUUUUGGCCUAUCUAAGCUCGUUAAAGUCGUUCCGGUUCAACGCUGCAGGUUCUGUUCUGAGGUUCAUAUUGGCCAUGUGGGUCAUGAGAUCAGAACCUGCACUGGUCCAGGAAGUGGUAAGCGGACUGCUACUCAUGUUUGGAGGGAGGGAGGAGUUCAUGAUGUGGUAUUUUUCCCCAAAUGCUUCCAUCUCUACGACCGCGUUGGAAAGCCAAGAGUUGGACAUGAUGAGAGGCAUAGUGUCCCUAGAAUUCCCGCUAUUUUGGAGCUCUGUAUACAAGCUGGUGUAAACCUAGAUAAGUUCCCUACCAGGAGGAGGACUAAACCUGUUUAUUCUAUUGAAGGAAGAAUAGUAGAUUUUGAGCAAGUUGCCAACAAGUAUGACAUGAGCGAAAAAUUUCACUCGGAGAAUAUUGAUCCUCUUGUAGAUUAUAGUUCUGGGACUAGAGAUGAUAAAGUAACAACACAUCUUAAGUUGGAAGUCUCAAAUGAGUUGGGGGAUGUAAGUAUUGGGACAAUGGAAUCCUGGUUUGAAAUGAUUUCAGGUGCAAAGAAUAUCAUGGAAAAGUAUAGUGUGUUAACUUGUGGAUAUUGUCCGGAGGUUCAGGUAGGUCCCAAGGGACAUAAAGUGAGGAUGUGCAAGGGAACCAAGCAUCAGGCUAGGGAUGGUCAACAUGCAUGGCAAGAAGCAACUAUAGAGGAUCUUGUAGGUCCAAAUUAUGUCUGGCAUGUUCAAGAUGUGAAUGGUCCUCCUCUAGAUAACAAUUUAAAGAGGUAUUAUGGCAAGGCUCCAGCUGUGGUGGAGCUAUGUGUGCAUGCUGGUGCGCCUGUUCCAGAUCAGUACCGGAGUAUGAUGAGAUUAGAUGUUGUUCCUCCUAACCGUGAUGAAGUUGAUCUCGUUGCCUGAAUUGGUGUUUCACAAUACUAUAAAUGUGUAUUGGUAUCACUUAGAUAAGCUGUGGAUGAUGAACAAAUACUGUAUAUAUGGUCUUGCCAUGUGAUUUCAGGCAAGAAUGUGGACAGUGUUUGCUCUACCGGUCCUUGGCAUGCCUCUAGGUUGUUUUCAUAUGAAUUGGCCCAACAAUUUUCCCGAAGUCCUCGAAAAUUUGAUGAUGAUAUCAUGCCUGUAGUUUGCAAGCAGCCAAUGAAUAUGGAUAGGAGUAUGAUUAAUAAUUUACACCAUUUCAAAGUGAAGGGGAAAUGAAGUAGAGGAUGAGUGGGGAAGUGUCAGCUAAGUUGGUACAAUAAUACAAGUUUCCCCAAGUGUAGUUUAUUCAUCUUUGCAAAUUGUGGCAGAGGAGAUUUCAAUUUCAUCUCCAAAUGCCUGAUCAGACUGAAAGUUACUCGAGAGAUUUUAAGUCCAAAUUCAAACCAUAGCCAAAACAUUCAACAUUCCAUUUGUCAGUUGCUCGAUCGAGUAACUAAGGAAUCUCCUUCGGUUGUUUACUUAUGGAGGGGGUUAGUUUAGUUAGUGCUGCAGUUUGGUUUCACUUGGCGAAAUAAAUGGAGUACUCGUACACUCCUAAUUACACUGGCACUAGACUACUAGUUCAAUCGGUCUUCCUUUGUAACACUGUCACUUGAUCUCAUAGAAGAUUCAAGUUUAGGAAUUUCAAAACCUAACUAUAAGAAAAGGAACUAAAAUCUAAAUUCUGUUAAAUUCAUCAGAGAAUAAAAUAAGGAAAGUACCCCAAAAAAAAAUAUACACGCGCGGAAAAGGUAAGACAAAACCACGAUUGGGCUUCGCACGCUAGUCGCGAAGUGCGUACGUGCGGAGUGCCCCCCUAACACAUAAGUUUCGAAGGGCGUCUCAUUCUUCUGGCGCUCGCCGAGGGACGCGACACGAACGAAG